AUGUUGCGGCCUUUUCAUGUGGAGUGCCUUGCGUGGGACCCAAACAACGCGAGCGACGCGACAACAGGUGAUAUUAUUCUGGGCUCCAGCAGUGGGGGUAUCCUUCUUGCGUGUCGGCUGGAGACGCACGGCGUCGUUGCGGCGCGCAAGUUGUUUCAGUUCCCGCAGCCAUACAGCAGCCACCCCAUUGACGGCGUGGCGUACGUGGCGGCUUCGCAGUCGCCUGACCACCCAAGUCGCCAUGUCGUGUUGAUCGCCCAAGGUACGCGCAUGUUCGUUUUUUCUUCACUCUGGGGAAAUGGCGGCACACUUGAGGCGGCGUUUGACGCGAGUCUAGUGGACUGUAAGGGCGUUGUGCCGCAUCCCACCGCCGCCUCUUCGUACGCGGUUGCAUCGCCGCUGUGUGGUGGGGCAGGUAGCAGUGGUGGUGGUGGGGGACUGAUGAACUACAUUGGCCUCAGCAGCGAGGCGGCGGCGAGCACCACCGCCUCUUCCACUCCUUUCGUUGCUUCUGCGUCAGUUGAAUGCCGGCACAGGGCGCUGUCGAGCACCGUCGCCCCUGCCGAGACGACCGUCGCACACACGGCCCCAGAUGUUGCGAUGCCGCGUCUUCUCUCCCAGGUGGUUAUUGUUGACCCCCGUGAGCUGAUUCCCACUCCGCCCUCCGCGUUGCCCGCGUCGCCAGCUGGCGGCAGAGGGGGAGCGAGUAGGGGUGGUGAAGCCGGGCCGAACUCUCUGCCCAGGGUUGCCGCGAAUGAACUCCCGCCGGUUUUCUUUUGGCAGUGCGGUGACACGCUAACACAGGGCGUUAUCCUUUUGACGGACCUGGCGGGUACGGCGGGGGCGGAGGCGUCGCGGACAACCACGCAUGCACCUCCGUCGCUGCGCAAGCACGAGUUGUGCUGUCCCCCGACAAUGCGGUCAACUGGACUCACGCCGCCGUCCAACACCCGCGUGCCGCUGAACGUGUGGCGGCAGAGUCUAUUGCCUAUUGGUAUUCUUAGUGUUGUGAGCCUGGCCCGGCUUCUGCAGAACUUCUCCCUAUUGCUAAGGCCACAGCAGGGAGGCACGCAGCGACCACCCAUGUUUCUCUGCCUGCCUGCUGGGACGGACAAAAAUGCGGCAGCCGCGGGCAGCCCACCACGGCCUCUUGGGCUACGUGACGUUGAGCGACUCCUGCUGCUCCGUCACGGCGGGCAACAUGGGGGUGGGGGACGUUUUACGUUGCCCAGUCUUGCAGCACCGCCCCGGACGACAGGCCCAGGUCUCACCGCAAAGGGCGAGGGGCCUCGGCCAAGGGAGAGUGAGCUGCAGGCUGCGGAGAAGCUCGUCUCGGUUGCGGUGGGGUAUGGCCAUAUCGUGAUCACCACUACGCGCGCCGUGCACGUCUUUUGCCACCUCGCGGCAUUGCCGUUGCCGCAGGAGGCGUUUCGGUGGAAGAAUGCGCUUGUGUUUACCCGAGAGCUUGUGGCCCCAGCGUUGGAAGACACGACUGCGGGAACUCGGGGCGAUGACGCUGUGACGGUCUUCUGUUCCCAUGACGUGGGCCGCUCGCAGGUGUUUCAUUUGUUUGCCGCCUCGUACAUUCUCGACCUGCGACUCCGCCGUCGUCGUCGCCGCUCGCAGUACGUGGCGCAGCUGGUGGAUGCUGCCCACCCCGUCGGCGCCGGCACUUUCCAGCGGGGCACCGCUGAGCAGGACGCGCCGGUGACCCCGCAGGGACGCCCGUCACGGACGACGGGGAUGGCACAUCAGCAGACGCCGCCGCCGCCGCCGCCGCCGACUUCCUGGCGAGGACGCUUCUCGUCGCAGCCGGGAACUACCUCCACCACGGCGCCCGGCGUGAGCUCUCUGUCCACCCCCGUCCUUGAUCUUCCUUCCGGCGGCAGCUGCGGAUUGGUCUCGCCGUUGCUUUCCACAACGUUUAAUCUGCCCUCGGGCUACAGCAACGACGAACUUUGUUUUGAGGAGUGGCUUCGGACGCAGAGCGACAGGGCGGUGAAUAUUCCGCACAUUGGGGCGCUGGGCGGACGCCUUUCAGUGGGAUUCUGCACGAUGGAGCACUACGACGUGGACUCUUUGUACGGUAUGGCACUGCGGCUUGCCGCCUCCGCCUCCUCGGAGGAGGAGCGGCGUGAGUUGCUGCCGCGGCUUCGGCACGCGUACGCCGCACGGUUGUUUCGCCAAGGCCGUUUUCUUGAGGCGGCGGCGCAGCACGGGUUGACGAUGCAGGGUCCGCCCUACUUGAACACCCUGCUGCUGGAGUUCUCACGAGUUGCGGCAAAUGACAUGGAACCGCUCAUCCUCUUGGUACUCCUGCGGCUGCGCGGGUACGCGCGGCGGAGGUCGGGCCUCGCAGACUGCAGCGUGGAGCUGAGUUGCCUCACAACAUGGCUUGUCUCCCUCCUCCUCGAGCGCUGCAACCAAAUUGGGAAGGAGCGACACGGCUGCAGGAGAGACGUUGCUGCCUCCUCGUUGGUGGCGGCGGCGGCCAUGACCGAGGCCAACGCUGCCGCCGUGGGGGCAGCGGAGGCAGUUGGAGUGCACCGCCGCUCCCUUGAGAUGGCGGCGUACCUUCGCCGCAAGUAUAAUCUGGUCAACCCCCGGCAGUUGCUGGAGGACGCCUUCACACGGUACGGCGCCUUUGUGGAGUGGCAAGCCAUUUCCCCGGCCGUCUUUGGCAUGGCAAGUGGAGAGCUGACAAAUGCAAUUUGUAAUCGCUUGGGUCAUCAUGGGGAAGUGCUCUCGCGCCUCUUCCUGCAGCAAGAACAGCCACUGGAGGGGCUUCUGCACCUUGAGCGUUAUGGGCUUGGCGGCCAUGCCUCCGUCACUGUAGCAGCAGCAGCAGCAACAACAACAACAAAAACAGCCACAGCAAUGCCCCCAACUGAGGAUGUGUGCAACCAGCCACGGGAAUCACUAAAAACCUUUUGGCUGCAGUAUGCGUCACUGCUCAUGCGGUGGUGCCCGUGUCGUUUUGUGCGACGCGGACUCAUCCCGUUUGGCUCAGAGUUGGGGUUAACCCCCAUGGAGCUCAUUCCGGCGUUGUUGCUGUAUGAUCCACGGCGUAAUGAGACUGUGUUUGAAGCCGAAGGCACGGUGGACGCGGUCCUGCAGCGGCAUGCUAUUGAGGACUCUUUGUUAGCCGAGGAACGGGCCCGUGCCAACUGCCACGCCGCCCAACUGUACCUGGAGCACGUUAUUUACACAGAGGGUUACACAGAUGAGUGCUUUUUGAAUUUGUUACUGUACUUUACGGCAAGAGACGGAGAUGAUGCCGCCUUGACCCGUUUUUUUACCGAGUUGCGUGCGAACGCCAUGGCGCAUCGGCUAGAGGUAUCGUAUGCCUAUCGUGUUUGUUGGCAGUUUCGGAGGCAGCUGGGUUGUGCCUGGACCUGCUUCAUCACUGGAGGCUACGCGGAGGCCGUAAGGCUGGCGAUGAAGCUGCGGACCGAGGAGCUUGCCAUACACUUUAUUCGCAGCAUCAGUGGUGAAGGCGAGAAGGAGCUGCGCCACACGCUGUGGAAGCGGCUCGCCACCGCGGCGGCUAGAAGCAGAAGUGGCGGAUCCGUACGUGCCCUGCAGCUUGUCGCGGAAAGCGAGGGUGACCUGGACGUCAGUGAUGUGCUGCCGCACCUUUCCGGCGAUGUGAUGAUGCAGGAGUUUCGUGAGGAGCUGCUCACAAGUGUCUCGAUGUUCAGUAACACGCUGCGGGACAUCAAGCAGACAAUUGAGGUAUCGUUGAAGGAUGUCGCGGCCUUAAAACGAGAGACGGAGUGGGUUGGGCGACGUCCCCUGAUCUUGCCGUCCUCGCAGCGCUGCGCGGGGUGUGGCAAGACCGCCUUGACGCGACCCUUUGUGGCGUUUAAGGGAUGCCGACACGUGUACCACAAGACCUGCUUUGACGCAGCGCGUACAAAUAUCGAGGAGCAGCUCCGCUCUGCGAGGGAGUCGUCAACACCGCCGCCGCCGCCGCCGCUGCCGUGGCCUGCAGGGGAAGAGGUGCGGCGCAGCAGCCUUGCAGAGGCGGAGUUGGAGUGCGUGCUGUGCAGCCCCAGGUACCUGCGACUGUUGCUGACACUUCCAUUAUCGUAUAUUAACAAUAAUGCACCGGGCGGUUCAUUACGACUGCCGUAG